CUAACCGUGCCGAGACGAGCCAUAUCUCAUUGCCUCGCAGAGAGCGAAGAUGUGCCCGCAGCACCUACACCCUCCAUACCCAUCAGCCUUCCCCGCAAACAGUGAUGAGGCCUCGGAUAAGGUGCAUCAUCUACUUUCGUCGGUACCACCGCCUGCGUCGGGCGCGGGCACGGGCACCGGGCUGGCGUUUCCUCCGCCGUAUCGCCGGGGAGCUGUGGCUGCGCUUGGUCUUCCUGCUGCUGAUCCUGCGCAGGAACCGCCGCGGGAGCCAACGGUCCAGGUGAUGAUGAUGGGCAGCCCACGGGUUGCCGAGCUGCUGCUGCAGCGCGGAGCCGACCCCAACCGCCCCGAUCCAAGCACCGGCUGCUUCCCUGUCCAUGACGCGUCCCGCUCCGGCUUCCUGGAGACGCUGGCGGUCCUGCACGGCGCCGGGGCCCGCCUCGAUAUACCCGACGGUCGCGGCCACCUUCCCCUCGACGUGGCGGAGGGAGGUCCGCAUGGUUUGGUGGGCCGCUACCUACGGCAUCCGCCGUUCCUUCCCGCCGCCGCACCGGGAGCCGUGCCGCCAGCCGAGGGGGCUGAGGGCUGAUCGAUUUCCCCUCCCCGCUGCAGCUAUCGCUGGCUGAGACCCUCCCAUCCCCCUGAGAGUGUGUCUCCCACCUCCAUCACCCUUGCCAUCACCGCCAUCUGCGGCGCUCCCGGGAGUCCGGCUGCUGGGGCGGGUCGUUCUCUGCCCCUUUCAGCCUGGAGCUUGUCCCGUACACCUUGCUUCUGCAAUUGCUGCUGAGUUUUCCAAGAAAAAAGAAAAAAAAAAAAAAAAGGAAAAAAAAAAAAAAAAAAGCGUAACGAGCCAAAAAAAAACCCCAACUGCUGGGACCUUUUCUGGUCCUUCCCAUUCCCCGCCUCGGCAGGUCCUCUGCGUGGGGAUGACAAGCAGUACAAGGAUCUCCAGGGAAAAAUAAACCAAAAAUCAAAUUCGUGGGUUUUCCUUCCCCUCACUCCUUCAUUUUUUGUCAAAUUGGUACGAUUUAGAGAAGUGAGAAAGCUCCGUUUCCCUCGGGGGCUUGUUCGCCUCCCUACAACGCCCACUUUCGUGUGUAUGGAAUAUUGUUUUUAUUCACGAUAGUACUGGUUUUAUUCACGAUAGUACUGGUUUUAUUCACUGUACUGAAGUGCAUUGCCUUUCAGUGUUGCCUUGAAAUCAUCCACACGUUGUUCUGUGAAACAGUGAGCAAUUCGGCCCCAUGCUCACUAUCCCCGUCUGCAAAUUUGAUUCGUCUUCCAAUCUUCUCCUUUUAUCACCCCCUCUCAGCUGAGAAAGUCUUACAAUAUUUCACACUUAUCGUCUUAAUAAAGCAUUUAACACUGGUUACUCUUUGGGAGAUAUGGGGAUUACUAUGUAUGAAGGGGUUAAGGGAAAACUCCUCCGGCAACCGUUUGGUUGCUGUACAAGUCAAACUGCUGAGAAAUCACGUAGAGCCAGAAGAUCUUGGCAAAGGCUCUGGAUGUUUUAAAACAGUUUUUCGGAGCCUCUAAAUCAGAA